AUGGCUUACGACUUGAAAAUAAUAGUAUGUGGCUACAAGCAAAGUAUUUUCGAUAUUGAAUGGUGCACACCUUUACCUACUAAAUUCGAAGACAAUCCAGAAGGUGUCAGUAAAUUUAUUAGAAAGCAGUUAGCAUCAGUACGUUUCAUCUUAAUUUUUCUUGAUGUUUUUGGUCAUACCCUCGAUUCACUUUUAUCAUUAAUCGGAGAUACUAACAAUAUAAUUGGUAUCUAUAUUGGUGAUAAUAGAAUCCAAAAUAUAGUAAAUAAUCGUCCAAAUAUCUAUUAUCUUCCAAGGCGUCAUAUUACAUUUUCAAUCACUUCGCAUGCUAUACAUGCUUGUCAAUCUGCAUCGAAAAAUCUAUUUACAUCGAACAAUAAAGGUGACGCUAUUGUUUGGGAGCAAAAAGGCAAUGAUUUAAAAAGAUGGUUAACAACAAAUAACAAGGUAGAAGCUUGUGAUAUUUUAAUUAUUCCACUAUGCACGGCCAAUGACAAUUUACGACUAUAUCAGAGCGAAUUGAUUGAUCUAUGUAAUGAUCUGUGUGAAGAUUUCGAACCAAGAGUCUGUACACUCUACGAUUAUAUGUGUCCUGAUGAAUCUUAUCCUAAUAUGUCGAAGGAAGAAAAGAAUUUUAUUAAUAAUGACAACGAAAAUAUCUGUUCUCUUCUAACAGAAAAAUUAGCACGUAUACGGAUAUACCUCGUUGGAAAUGAUGAAACUAACUUAAAUAAAUGGAGUUCAUUUUUACUUAAUAAGGAACCGGAAAAUUUUAGUCAAAAUCUAUCUCGAUAUGAUGAACAAUUUACAUUUGCUGAAUAUGAACCUGUUACGCCUAGAACUAUAGAAAGAUUAAAUGGUUAUCGUGGUCACUUAGAACGAAUAAAAAAGCCGAUGCUAACAACAUUGGAUAAAAUCCGUGAAAAUUCUGGUUUUUUCUUUUAUGCACUUGAUCAAGGUCGUGUCAACCUUGAACAACGUGAAAUGGUAGCUAAUAGCAUGUUAUCUCAACGGACAAUGAACUAUCACGAAAACUGUACUGACUAUAGUAAUGAGUUUCGUAAAACCGAAGAAGCUCAACAUGGUCCGACUGAACAAAAUGAUAAUUUGGCAAAUGAGAUGAACCAGAUGAUACAAUCACCAGCUCCAAUUAAUUCUUCAGAUUAA